AUGCAGCUGGACCGUUUGAAGGCAUGUGGGCCCCAGAGAUUUCAUGGCCUGUCUGGUGUUUUAGGUCAGAAUCUUCCAUGUCUCCCUUUACACCUGCCAGGGGACAUCACACAGAAAGGAUAUGAAAAGAAAAGGUCCAAACUCCUGUCUCCUUACAGCCCACAGACUCAAGAAACUGACUCAACAGUACAGAAAGAACAUAGAAACCAGACACCUGGUCCACCUGCAACUCAAACUUCUGCUCCUUCUAAGUACCAUCGAACUCGAUCUGGAGGAGCCAGGGAUGAGCGAUACAGAUCAGAUAUCCACACUGAAGCAGUUCAAGCUGCGCUGGCAAAACACAAAGAACAAAAAAUGGCUUUGCCCAUGCCCACCAAAAGGCGGUCUACGUUUGUCCAGUCUCCUGCAGAUGCUUGCACACCUCCUGACACGUCUUCGGCCUCUGAGGAUGAAGGCUCUCUGAGACGCCAAGCUGCGCUCUCUGCUGCCUUGCAACAGAGCUUACAGAAUGCCGAGUCCUGGAUCAACCGUUCAAUUCAGGGAUCGUCCACUUCUUCAUCCGCAUCUUCUACGCUGUCCCACGGAGAGGUCAAAGGAACCAGUGGGUCUCUAGCUGAUGUAUUUGCCAAUACUCGAAUAGAGAAUUUCUCUGCUCCCCCUGAUGUCACUACAACUACCUCCUCUUCCUCAUCAUCGUCCUCAAUGCGCCCAGCAAAUAUUGACCUGCCCCCUUCGGGGAUAGUUAAAGGCAUGCACAAGGGAUCCAACAGGUCCAGCCUUAUGGAUACAGCGGACGGUGUUCCUGUCAAUAGCAGAGUAUCCACAAAAAUCCAGCAGCUUCUCAAUACUCUGAAACGACCCAAAAGGCCUCCCCUAAAGGAAUUUUUUGUGGAUGACUCUGAAGAAAUUGUGGAAGUACCUCAGCCAGACCCCAACCAGCCGAAGCCUGAGGGGCGACAGAUGACCCCUGUAAAGGGCGAACCCCUGGGAGUCAUUUGUAACUGGCCACCUGCCCUGGAAUCUGCCCUGCAGCGCUGGGGCUCCACCCAGGCCAAAUGCCCCUGUCUGACUGCGCUGGACGUGACAGGAAAGCCAGUCUAUACACUCACAUACGGAAAGCUGUGGAGCAGAAGUUUGAAGUUGGCCUACACACUACUUAAUAAACUGGGGACCAAAAAUGAGCCUGUGCUAAAACCUGGAGACAGGGUAGCCCUGGUUUACCCCAACAAUGAUCCAGUCAUGUUUAUGGUGGCUUUCUAUGGAUGCCUAUUGGCAGAAGUGAUUCCAGUGCCUAUAGAGGUACCUCUUACCAGAAAGGAUGCCGGAGGUCAGCAGAUUGGCUUCUUACUAGGAAGCUGUGGUAUUGCCUUAGCUCUUACUAGUGAAGUUUGUCUAAAGGGACUGCCAAAAACCCAGAAUGGAGAAAUUGUACAAUUUAAAGGUUGGCCUCGACUCAAAUGGGUUGUAACAGAUUCCAAGUACCUUUCAAAGCCACCUAAAGAUUGGCAACCCCACAUCUCACCUGCCGGUACAGAGCCAGCAUACAUCGAGUAUAAAACAAGCAAAGAAGGGAGUGUAAUGGGAGUUACAGUGUCCCGGCUUGCAAUGCUGUCUCACUGCCAAGCUCUGUCACAGGCCUGCAAUUAUUCUGAAGGAGAAACAGUAGUGAAUGUUUUAGACUUUAAGAAGGAUGCUGGCCUGUGGCAUGGCAUGUUUGCGAGACCAUCUCACAUUUCUCUUGGACAAAAUGUAUUGGCCAAAGUAGCAUUAGUGAAAUGUCGGGAUCUGCACUGGGCCAUGAUGGCUCAUCGGGACCAGCGGGACGUGAGCCUGAGCUCUCUCCGAAUGUUGAUUGUAACUGAUGGAGCAAACCCUUGGUCUGUGUCAUCCUGUGAUGCCUUCCUGAGUCUGUUCCAAAGCCAUGGACUGAAACCUGAGGCCAUCUGUCCAUGUGCUACAUCUUCUGAAGCCAUGACUAUAGCAAUUCGCAGAUUGGUAAUUCCAGUGAAUUCUGCAGGCUCUCCUGUAGGAGAUGUGCCAUUUAUCCGGUCAGGAUUGUUGGGAUUUGUGGGGCCAGGUAGCUUGGUGUUUGUGGUUGGAAAAAUGGAUGGAUUACUCAUGGUUAGUGGUCGAAGACAUAAUGCUGAUGACAUUGUUGCUACUGGCUUGGCUGUUGAGUCUAUAAAGACAGUGUAUAGAGGAAGAAUUGCUGUGUUUUCUGUGUCUGUAUUUUAUGAUGAGCGCAUUGUGGUGGUUGCGGAACAAAGGCCCGAUGCCUCUGAGGAGGACAGCUUCCAGUGGAUGAGCCGGGUGCUGCAGGCAAUUGAUAGCAUCCAUCAAGUAGGGGUUUAUUGUCUUGCUCUGGUGCCUGCCAAUACAUUGCCAAAAACGCCACUAGGAGGGAUCCAUAUAUCUCAAACAAAGCAGCUGUUUUUGGAGGGUUCUCUCCAUCCUUGCAAUAUCCUCAUGUGCCCACAUACAUGUGUGACAAACUUGCCAAAGCCCCGGCAGAAGCAACCAGGUGUAGGUCCUGCUUCUGUGAUGGUUGGGAAUCUGGUUGCUGGAAAACGCAUAGCACAAGCUGCAGGAAGGGACCUGGGGCAAAUUGAAGAGAAUGACUUAGUGAGGAAGCACCAGUUCCUGGCGGAGAUUUUGCAGUGGCGAGCCCAGGCAACUCCUGACCAUGUACUCUUCAUGCUGUUAAAUGCCAAGGACCCUUGUCUUACAGGCAUUGAGUUAAUUGCUGCAUUCUAUGGCUGCCUGUAUGCGGGCUGUAUACCUGUGACUGUCCGGCCUCCUCAUGCUCAGAACCUUACUGCCACAUUGCCCACUGUCCGAAUGAUUGUUGAUGUAAAUGAUUUACCCAGGAAAAGAUUACCUCAGCUGUAUAAGCCACCCACUCCUGAAAUGUUGGCAUAUCUUGAUUUUAGUGUCUCCACAACUGGCAUGCUUACAGGAGUAAAGAUGUCCCACUCUGCAGUUAAUGCUCUUUGUAGAGCCAUCAAGCUCCAGUGUGAGUUGUACUCCUCUCGGCAGAUUGCCAUCUGCCUUGACCCUUACUGUGGACUUGGCUUUGCACUCUGGUGUCUCUGCAGUGUAUAUUCAGGUCACCAGUCCAUCUUAAUUCCUCCUAUGGAGUUAGAAAACAACCUUUUCCUCUGGCUUGCUACCGUCAAUCAAUACAAAAUAAGGGAUACUUUCUGUUCCUACUCAGUAAUGGAGCUUUGCACUAAAGGGCUGGGAAACCAAGUGGAGGUGUUAAAGACAAGAGGAAUCAACCUUUCCUGCAUCCGGACCUGUGUAGUGGUGGCAGAGGAGCGGCCCCGCAUUGCCCUCCAACAGUCCUUCUCCAAGCUCUUUAAAGACAUUGGUCUGUCCCCUAGGGCUGUCAGCACCACUUUUGGAUCAAGAGUGAAUGUAGCAAUAUGUUUACAGGGAACCUCAGGGCCUGAUCCAACUACUGUAUACGUAGAUCUGAAGUCAUUAAGACAUGACAGGGUCCGUCUUGUGGAACGUGGUGCCCCCCAGAGUCUGCUGCUCUCAGAGUCUGGAAAGAUUUUACCUGGAGUGAAAGUAGUUAUUGUUAAUCCUGAGACUAAAGGGCCUGUUGGAGACUCUCACUUAGGAGAGGUCUGGGUAAACAGCCCACAUACAGCUAGCGGCUACCACACCAUCUACGAUAGUGAGACUCUCCAAGCUGAUCAUUUCAACACUCGCCUCAGUUUUGGGGAUGCUGCCCAAACACUGUGGGCCCGGACAGGAUAUCUUGGGUUCGUCCGCAGGACUGAGCUCACAGCAGCCACUGGAGAGCGUCACGAUGCAUUGUAUGUGGUGGGAGCUCUGGAUGAAACUCUGGAGCUGAGAGGAUUACGAUACCACCCGAUUGAUAUUGAGACUUCAGUGUCUCGAAUCCACAGGAGCAUUGCUGAAUGUGCCGUGUUCACGUGGACCAACCUACUUGUGGUGGUUGUAGAACUUUGUGGCUCUGAACAGGAAGCCCUGGAUCUGGUUCCUUUGGUGACCAAUGUGGUCCUGGAAGAGCAUUACCUCAUCGUUGGUGUUGUGGUUGUCGUGGACCCAGGUGUCAUCCCAAUCAACUCCAGAGGAGAGAAGCAGAGGAUGCACCUCCGCGACAGCUUCCUUGCUGACCAGUUAGACCCCAUCUACGUAGCUUACAACAUGUAACCAGCCCAAGAAUCACAGAGACUGGAGAGCCAUGGCUAGGAGCAAGCUUUCAAAUGACGCAAAAUGAGCUGAGCUGGCUACGUCGUGUUCUUCAUCUCAUCCUUUGGGAUUCUGCAGUAAUACAACACACAGGAAAGGGGAAUUCUGUGGUAGCAAGUGAAAACCAUGUUGAAUCUAGUAGACCUGAGCUUUGGCACAGCAGGGACAGCACGUUGCUAAAGCAGUUACUUGCAUGUUGCAUUUUUUUCAUCUGUUGUACAUACUUGUAUUUUUAUCUAAUGCUGGUUUAGAAUUUUUGUAAGGGAGUUUAAUGAAUUCACAUGAAGGGGCAGUCUGGAUUACACAGUUCCCCACUCUGUACUGUAUUUUGCCAUUUUCAUGUAGCUAGAUGUUCUGUGGGUUUUGUUAACACAAAACUACUUGGCUUACUUUGAGGCAACCUGUAGGUGAAUCAAAUAACCCACUGAAUAUGAGAUUACUAUUCAUUUCUAAUCCUGGGCUGUAAUACAUUUGACCAGUGUUUGAAACAUGUAAAUAGAAAUACAUAUAGCUUAGCUAAAGAAUGGAAGAAUUGGCUUAUAUAAUGACAACCACCAAAGUAGAAACGUUUCUACUUGUAGAGAACUUCCAUAUUCUCUUAUUAUAAUUAAUCGAUUAGGUAACUAAAAAGUGCAGGUUGUUUGCAGCUUUUGCUAAACACCAUUCUCUGUCUUUGUUGGCUGGUGUUGAUUAUAAACUAAAGCUGCCUAUGUUUGUUUUUCAAGCUUGCAUUCUCAGAUUUAGCUUAUGCUUCAAGGAUUCAACUUUGUGUAUACUAAAAAAAAACUCACUUAAAAAUUAAGUCUAAGAAAGAACUAAGAUUCAUCAGAUCCCACCCUAUUCUAAACUAUCAAAAUAGCUCACUCUAGCCCCAGAAUUGAAACUUUCAUAUAUAAAGUGACACAGGAGAACUUAAGAGUUUCCUCUUUUUCCAGGCCCUUUGUCAAUUGUGUGGACAGUAGAGCUUCUCUUUUUUGAAAACUGAUGAGGGCCUUGGUAAGGGCCAGGAGUUUGAAGCAAGAAUGCGAGGCUGGUAAGCCAGUGGGGUCAGUUCUUACCUGGAAUCGUAAGGCCACAUUGCCACACAUCUCACAACUGACCAGUUGAGUGGCUAGAACAGCCAGUGUGGGCUGAAAUAGGGAAGUCUGAUGUACACAAGGAACACUGUUGAAAUAACUGGUGCCCAGGCCAAGCCCAGUGGAUGAUUGAGUUUGGCCUCUGGCUUGGUUUCUUUUCUUUAAUCUAACACUUCAUGUAUUUGAACAUAGUUAAAUUUUAUUAUUUUUUUCUUACAGAAAUAUUUUUAAAAAUUAAAGAAAACCUCAAAAGUUAAAAGAAUUAACUCUUUAAAUCAGAAUGGUUCUCUUUGACCCAUUCUGAUCUAUUGUGUAAAUAUUUAUUUAGACUAUUUUAAUACAUAUUAUUUACCCCACUGUAACAUCAUGUAAACUAAGUGUGUUUUUAAGCAAUUUGUAAGACUUGUAAUUACCCUGAAAAUAAGGUUUAUAAAGCAAAAACCAGACUCUUCACCAGGGCAGCACUCCGUGGCUGCCUUUACAGUCUCAUGACUCAGAGCCCCUUUCUGGCUCCCUUUUACAUAGCCCUCUUUUCCUCCCAAAACUUACUCCCGCUGAGGGAAGACCACAAGACACUUUCCAGUUCAGAUCUCUUUUUCAGCAUUUUGGAUGGAGUUAAUUCACACAUGACUGAGGAGAUUCUAGGAUGUUUGGGAAGAGGCACUUCCAUUAAACAAUGGGAAAUCCUAGUGUCUAGUAAUGCUUUGGUUUACAGGAAAACAGCCUAAUUAUUUGGGGAGAUAAUGUUCUUAAAACUAACUUUGUUUUUUUUAUUUUAUUUUUUACCCUUUUUUCUAGUACUGGGGUUUGAACUCAGGGCUUCACACUUG